AUGGACAUGGCCACAAAGAAGAGUCACACGACCAUGGCCAUGGACACAAAGAAGAGGAGGCUCAUGGACAUGGACACAAAGAAGAGUCACACGAUCACGGUCAUGGCCACAAAAAAGAGUCUCAUGACCACGGCCAUGGCCACAAAAAAGAGUCUCACGACCAUGGCAUGGACACAAAGAAGAGGAGGCUCAUGGACACGGCCAUGCACACAAAGAGGAGUCGCACGCCACGGCCAUGCGCACAAGGAGGAGUCGCACGAUCAUGGACACAAAGAACACGGCCAUGGGCACGGGCACAAAGAGCACGAGGACGACGGACACGGCGCCGAAGAAUCGCACGAUCACGCGCAUGCGCACAAAGAUGUAGAAAUGGUUGAUGCCGAGGCUGCACACGAUCACUCGCAUGCUCACAAGUCGAGUGAGACCAAAGAUGACAUUCCAGCUUGGAAAAAAGCUGCGAUGAAUGCAGAUCCAAUGGCUGCACCAUUCGGUGGCAGCUGGAAUGUUGAGACGUCUGUAUCUGCCACUGACGACAAAAUGAAAGAAUAG